CCUUCUAAUUUCAUGGAUCUGUAUGGAAUUUAUCGAAAAAGGUCCAAACUUUCAACGCUUUGUACCAGUGGUAUUGGAAUAUUAGCGACAAAAUUGAUCUUAACUGCCAAUGAAGUGAAGUUUAAUCAAUCUGAAGCAAUAUUUUUGACUGAAUCAAUUCCAUAUCUCCGAGAUUUAUUGAAUCCCAACGAUUAUGAUAAAUUUUUCAUUCGUCUCAUGAUUCUUCGAGGAAUCAAAGAAUCUAAAGUUGAUUAUCUUCUAAUGGCAAAUGAAGUUUUCGAAAAGUCUAACCUCAAAUUAGUGCAAGCGGCAAAUCAGACUGUCUAUAACUCUUCUAGUCUUAGAUCAAUGAUGAACAAGAUGAAUGAAAUAAUUUGGACACGUUAUUGGAUCAACAUCGACACGAGGAAAUUGUUGAACUAUUAGCAUCUAAAUCUGAGCUCUCUAGACAAGAAGAAGUGUACCUUUGUCGCGCCAUUCAGUCAUCAAAACAAUGGAAACGUGGAAUCGAAAUUAUUGCUAAAAGUAAACAAUUAACUGAUCGAUUGUUAAAAUUGUUACGAGCUUGUUUAAAGAAUGGAGAUAAACUAUCAAUUGAUCGAGAGUUGGCCAUUAAUUUGCUCAAAUUAGGAACUGAAGAUUACAAUGUAAUGGCCUGGACUUGUAUUCUACAAACAUUCAUAAAUGAAAUGCGAGAUGGUAAAUUAGACGAAGGAAAAAUCACUGGUUUGAUUGGUUCAGUUCACGAUUAUCUAGGAAUAAAGGAGCAUGUUGUCACUCAAAUGGCGAGUUUUUAUCCCUCGCACUUGAUUAUCUGAUUUUUCAAUGUAGCAGAAUCAAAGAGGGACUAAUUCUCAGCUGCCUUGGUUGUUUUUACAAACAAUUAAAAUGUAGCUUUCUAUCAGCUAAUCAUGAAUCGGGAGUUUCUCUACAUUGGAAGGACGUUCGUUCUAUUUACAAUUACUUCAUCCCUGAAACUUUACCAAAGUUUGAUAGUGAAAAAGAUAACUCUAUUGAUUUAAAUACUGAAGAGCUUCUACGCAAUUUACUUCCCUUGGUCCCUGACAAUUUAAAUCCUGAAAGAUUUUCUAAUUCCGUCAAAGAAUAUAUCGAUCAUGGAAAAUCAAUUGAGCCUACUACAAGUAUUCCAAAAAAUCAUGUUACUCGAGAUCUUUACUAUUAUUUAGCUGAUUAUCACUUGAAAAACGAGGAGUUGGAAAAAGCCAUCAAAUUUUAUAUUCUCGAUUUAACUUUAAAUCGAAGUCGAUUUGAUUCAUGGGUUGGUUGUGCUCUCGCAAUAACGAGGCAAAUUGAUCAAUAUUCUUCGACUAGUUGUCGAGAUUUCUACUCAUCUACUGAAGAAAUGUUGCUUUUAGGAGAAAAAGUAUUUCGGUGUUUCAAUGAAGCGAUUCGGCUUAAAGAUAAUAAUUCAAAGGUAUGGUUCGAAAAUGGGAAGUGUGCUUAUAACAUCGCGAGUUAUAUUUCUCGGAUCAUAAAAUUUGGACCAGUUUUGGAAAAUUCGAGAAAAGAAGCAAUGAAUCAACGGCGAAAGCAGUUCUUAGAUCAAGCUCGAGUUUGCUUCGAAUCAGCUAACAAAUUUGCUAAUGCUGAUGAAAUUUGGAUGAAUUAUUAUUUCUUAGGAAAAAUUGCUGAAAGAAGUAACAUCUUACAAACACUUCGAUAUUAUGAAUUAUCUAAGAUUCAUAUGCUCUCAACUCCAGCAAUACUAAGUUACCGUAAUAAUGUCAAUAAUAAGUGUUUUCGCGCCGAAAUUCACUAUCGUAUUCACGCUUGUGUCCUCAAGUAUAUUUAUAGGCACAAAACUCCGCCAGCAAAAAUAUUAUCACAGAUCAUGUUGUUUCUAAUUCGUGCUGAAAAAAGCUAUUACGUUGCCAAGUUUAAUCCAAGAGAUGAAACAGAUGAUGAAAUUAUGGAAGAUGCCAACGAAACGGUGACUGAUUUGGUUACUCUGGUCCAAGAUGAAAUCCUCGAAAGUGACAGUGAGAAACUAUUCACCAGAAUAGUACAAAUGUGCCUUGAAGAGUUUCUUCACAUUUUAGAAGAUUAUCAUCAGCAUUACAAAUCACUCUAUCGAAUUGCUCAUCAUUAUUUUCUGACUAAAGACUAUCGAUUCUCACAAAAGGUACUUACAAAAUCAUUUCAAUCUCCAAUUACUUCACAAGGGUCUACAUCAGAUGAGGAAAGUUCAACUGAUUCAGACUAUACGUUUGAAGGUCUUUUUGACUUGACUGUACCUUCGCGUCUAUUCCCUCUUCAAAGGACACCAAGUGGCAUAUUAAAGAGACCAGGAAAUUAUAUUACUCAUAUGCUUCGAUCGACUCAGUUAUUGAUUAAUGUAAACAAGAAUUUGGGUGAUUCUGAACAAUUGUUUAAAAUCGCGACGCUUUUGUGCAAAUCAACAUAUCAAGGUUAUCUUCUUGAAACCGAUCGUAUCAAUCUUGGAAAACAAGCAAUGAAACAUUGUUUAAACAUUUACGAACGUCAAAUUGCAAAAGCUAAAGGAAAUCGUAACAAUUUAGAUAAAAUUAAAGAUGAUGUAAGGAAAAUAUGUAAAAAAUUGAUUGAAUAUCGUAUCUAUAAACAACAGGCUCAACAAUUUCUCGAAAAACAUGUCGAAUGUAUAACAAUCGAUUAAUUGUAUUAAUCAAUGAUGUCGAUGAUCUGGAUUGUACCUACAA